UUCAAGUUCGACAAUGUUCUGGCGUCCGCAUCGCAAGAGGAGGUUUACGAGGCGGCCGCCUCGGAGGUGGUACGCAGCGCACUGGAGGGCUACAAUGGCACCAUCAUGUGCUACGGUCAAACAGGUGCGGGCAAGACCUUCACCAUGAGCGGCGGCAAGCAGAGCUACAAGCAGCGUGGCAUCAUCCCGCGUGCGCUGGGGCAUGUGUUCUCCGAGGUCAAGUCCAUGCCAGACAGGGAGGCCAAGAUCAGCAUCCAGUACCUGGAGAUCUACAACGAGGCGCUGUACGAUUUGUUGGACAUUACGACACAACCUCAUGAGAUCAGCAUCUACGAGAGCAGCCGGGGGGUGGUGACGGUGUCCGGGUUGCGAACGGCUGUGGUCACUUCGGAAGCGGAGGCACUCGCGCUGCUGUUUGAGGGCGAAACCAACAGGGUGAUUGGGGAGCACCAGCUCAACCGGGAGUCCUCGCGUUCACACUCCAUCUUCACCAUCAUGAUUGAGCUGAGGCCGCUGGGGGAGGCUGGCGGUGAUGUGCUGCUCUCCCGGGUGGCGUUGGUGGACCUGGCUGGCAGUGAGCGUGUGUCCAAGACAAAGAGCGAGGGGCUGGUGCUGCGGGAGGCGGGGCACAUCAACAAGAGCCUCAGCAUCCUGGAGCAGGUCAUUCUGGGCCUUGGGGACAAGAACCGGGACCACGUGCCAUUCAGGUCUUGCAAGCUGACUCACGUGCUUAAGAACAGCCUCGGCGGUAACUGCCGUACGGUACUGGUGGCCAACGUGUGGUCCGACGUGGCGCAGACGGACGAGACAGUGAGCACAUGUCGCUUUGCGCAGCGCAUGAUGCGGGUCACCUGCGAGAUUAGCGCCAAUGUGGUGCAGGACAGCAGCGCACGGGUGCGGCAGCUGGAAAGGCAGGUGGCCGAGCUGCAGCAGGAGCUGGCCAUGCACGACGCAAUGGCCAUGCGCUCCGGAAUGCAGUACACGCCGUACAAUGCGGCACAGCGCGGCGAGUUGCGUUCUCGCGUGCUGGACUUCCUGAUGGCGGAUGGCGGUGACGCUGGCGGCGCUGGGCCAGGCGGCGUGGAGAGCAUCGACCCGCUGGAGCUGCACAGCUUGCGGCACAUGCGGGAGAUCCUUCUGGCGUGCAGGGUAGGGGCCGCAGGGGGGGGCCUGGGUUGGAAAGACCGGGUGAGCAGUGUGAUCCGCCGGCCAUCCUCCGCGGGCAGUAGCACCGGAGUCGCAGCCGCAGCGGCCAGGCAACCCAGUGGUAAUGGCUACGGCGGCGGCCACGGCGGGGCCGGGGGCAUCCUGAAUGGUCCAGGACUAGUCAGAGCGGAACGACCGGGGAAUGCGGGCGUGGCCCCGGAUGAUUUCCGGCCCAUGGCACCGGACAGGUGGGUCUUAUGGCUGACCGCUCUGGAGGACUACAAGGCGGGUCCCGGUGCUCUUAAGGCCCGGUUGCUGGCUGACAACCGCGCCAAGCUCAAGACUAGUCGCACGCGGGCGAAGGAACUGGGGCUAGCGGUCAAUGCGGCGAAGAGGGAGUUGGACUCACUCAAGACGCGGGAAGAGGAGCUGAAGCGGCAGCGGGUGCAGCAGCGGGGCGAAGGGUCGCAGGUAUUAGAUGCGGAGGAGUACGACAUCUUGAUGCGGAUUAAGGAGCUCAAAGUGUCGUAUAAGGAGAACUUCAACGAGCUUCAAAUCAUCAAGAGCGAGGUCGACUACACCCAGGGCCUGGUGGAGCAGUGCAAUAAGGAGCUGCUCCUGGAGUUCGCCGAGUGGUACGAGAGCACGUACGGCAGACCGCCGGCGGACGACGGGGGUGACGAUGACGCGUCCAGUUCACCGCGCUGUGGGCCCUCCCCGCUGCAACCCUCUGCCGCCAUGGCGUCGACGGGACCCGUCGCCUCUGCCAGGGCAGCCGGCGCCCGCUACCCUCCACCGCAACCCCUGGAGGCCACAGCUGGCACCACAACUGCGGGGAGAACAGCCAUGGCGCCGCCAUCCCCCAGCGGCUCUUCCGUUUCAGCUGGCAGUAGCCGCGGUGCUGGUGCUGCCGCCGCCGCCGCUGUCAGGAUGAAGCCGCGGGCCGGUGGCGGCAAGGUGCCGCUGAGCAGUUUGGUAGCUCCAUCAGGGGAGGAGCUGUCCAGCCCACAGGCGAUGGCUUAUUACAACGCUCAGCAGAUGCUGUUGCAGAAGACCACGGGCGUGGUGCACCGGCCAGGCAGCGUGAAGAAGACGCGGCCCACGGCGGCGUUUGGAGGAGGGGCGCGCGGCUAGGCGGCCGGGAGCUUGGGGUGGUCGCCUCCGUUACAAGUUGGGUGGAAGGGGUGCAAGGGCAGGUGCGGGGCAUCGGCCCGCGGACUUGGGAUCACAGCGGGUUAUAGCGGACUUUGUAACUUGACCGCCUGGUUGCGGGCCCCAAGGGUUCCGAUCCAAGGUGACACUUGUACGACAGGGGUGAUUCAUUUUGUGUAAUUCAUCUCAUGUGGU